CGAGGCGCCAAAGGCAUGCGCACAGAGGAGAAAGUGAAAGCGCAAGAAGUGGGGACAGGAGACAAAGGGGCAGGAGCAAGCACAGAAGCCGAACGGGACAUGGGCACAGAGGCUAAGGAGGAAGUGGGCACAUCGGCACAAGGCGCGAUGGCAGAGCAAGAAGGCGCAGAGGCCAGAACGGAAGAAGGCACAACGGCCACAGACGAGGCAGGCACAAGGGCAACAGAAGUGGCCGCAGUGGCCGCAACAGAGGAAAGCAUGCCGGCAACGGACGGUGGCACGACGGCAACAAAGUUAAAGGGCGCAGAGGCCACAACAGAAGCAAGAGGCACACCGGCAGCAGAAGAACCAUGCACGGAGGCAAGAGAAGAGGGCACAGAGGCCACGACAGGAGAAGGCACACCGGCACCGGAGGAGCAAGGCAGGGUGGCAGAAGAAGAAGGCACCAAGGCCGACGAAGGAAGGAUGCCAACACAGUUGAGAGGCGCAGAGGCCACAGGAGCAGAAGAAACAGGCACAUCGGCAACAGAGGAGCCAGACACGACGGCAGAAGAAGAAGGCGCAGAGGCUACGACAGAAGAAGGCACCAAGGCCAAAGACAAGGGCACAACGGCAACGAACGAGAACGAGUCCACGGGAGCAGGAGCAGGAGCAGGAACCGGAGCCGAAGGCAAGGGACGAGAGAGCUUUUUGGCCAUUGCGGCACGACGAGAAGCGGAAGAGGCGUUUUUCAGAAAUUUGCGGUCUGGCAUGAUGGAUAACUUUUAGGAAAAAAAAGGGAUUUUGCCUUCUUUUUAUAUGAUUUUUCUUUUUCGCAAGUCAUGACAAGGUUGAAAGGCAGUC